AUGACAGCCUCUCUGGUCCUAAACCCUCGCUGGCCAGCGGAAACGGUAAUGUUUGUGUAUGACAACAACCUGGACGAUCUGAACAAGAACAUGGAGGGGCUGGUGGGAAGCGGCAACUUCGCUGCCGCCACUGCGGCGAGUCAGUGCCGCAACAUCAUGGCGCACUCGGCGGCUGCCGCUGCUCUUGGUGGUCACCCGUCCGGGCUGGUGCACUCUUCAGCUGGCUACUCCACUGUGGACGUGUCCGCUUCAGGUUCCAGUGACACGGCCGCGUCUUCGGGGAAGCAGUGCGCGGCAGGACCGUGUCCGGCGGCUGCCGUGCCGCACCAGAGCUCCUCCGCCGCCACCGCGUUGCCCUACAGCUACUUUGGUAACGGUUACUACCCGUGCAGGAUGGGUCGGGGUUCUCUCAAGUCGUGCACCCAGGCGGCCGGAGCCGCGCUCAGCUCGCAGUAUAUGGACACGACGGUGAGUUCUGACGAAUAUCCGAACCACCGGGCCAAGGAGUUCGCCUUUUACCACGGCUACCCCAGCCCGUACCAGUCGAUGGCCAGCUACCUGGAUGUGUCGGUGGUCCAAACGCUGGGCACCGGGGAGCCGCGCCACGACACUCUGCUCCCCAUGGACAGCUACCAGCCCUGGGCUCUGACCAACGGCUGGGGGGGACAGAUGUACUGCUCCAAGGACCAGGGCCAGGCCGGACACCUCUGGAAAUCCGCUCUGGCAGAUGUGGUGGCGCACCAGCACGACGGCUCGCCUUUCCGCCGCGGCAGGAAGAAGCGGAUACCGUACACCAAGGUCCAGCUGAAAGAGCUGGAGAAGGAGUACGCCGCCAACAAGUUCAUCACCAAGGACAAGAGGAGGAAGAUCUCGGCCGUGACCAACCUGUCGGAGCGUCAGAUCACCAUCUGGUUCCAGAACCGGAGGGUGAAGGAGAAGAAGUUCGUGGCCAAAGUGAAGAGCAGCGUACCGUAGCAUGCCGGUCCCUGCUGUGUGGACGUUUCACUGACUGGACUUCUUGGUGUAUUUGCCGUGUUUGUACGUUAAACUGAACUGAGCGGUACUCCUGACGGACUGUGUGCGUCAACAAACGGAACAAAACGAAGACUGAUGAAGGAAAAUAAGACUAAAGAAAAGAACCAAAGCCCUCUGCUGAGCUGCUGCCCAGAGGGUUGUGUACAUACAGCACCUUCCUGCCUGCUUCAUGUAACUGUCUGUCCACUGUGUGUCUGACUGUGUCCGUGUCGUCCGUGCUCAGCAGCCUGUAGCCGCAGCACACUAUACUCUGUCCAUCCUGUUUAUAUCGCCUGUAAACCAGUACUCACAUAUAGCGCAACACUUAAUAAAUUCUUUUAAUCCUGA